AUGUGUACAUCCAGUGCCCUUUUUAUACUGAGGAUUAUUGUAUUGUUGCCGAUUCGUCUUAUUCAAGGCGGAAUCAAGACCUUUCGACUGGGGGCAUUGAGUGGUAAUAUCCUGGUUCGAGUGUUCAUGAGGGAAGCAUUGCUGUUAUGCGAUAAAACAACCUUCAAGGAUGUCUUAAAUCCUUUAUUUGACAUGUGUUUAAGCAUAUGUUUAGGCAAAAAAAGCUUUGAAGUUGUCUCUUACCCAUUCAAAGAUUUACAAACAGAGGCAUUGGCAUCUCAAACAGCAAAUAUCUCAACCAAAUUUUACUGGUAUUGUAAGCCAGACAACUUCGACCCAGAAACAGAUCCCUUGAUAAUAUUCUCUCAUGGUGGUGGGUUUGCCAUCAAGGCAGUUCCUACCUCAUUGUUCUUCUUCAGGAAUUUGUCUCGACUAUACCCGCGGACAAGUAUAGUGAUGCAUGACUAUACGGUUACUGACAUGGACCAUGAUUCUGUGAGGCAUCCAAGACAACUACUAGAAACAGUUGCGCUAUAUCUACACUUUUCUACGAUAUUACACUACAAGAAUAUUACCAUGAUAGGCGAAUCUGCUGGCGGCCACCUCGUAUUGUCUCUCUUGCAUUAUUUGGAGACAAGACAUUUACACCUUCCUCGUAAAGUUGUCGCGGUCAGCCCCUGGUGCAACCCAAAUGUAUGCGACCCUGAAGAGAGACGCAAAGCUCCCUGUAAUGGAUCACUGGACUCACUUUCAUUCAAAGGGUUGGACAAAUUCACUGCGCUGCUGAAACCGAGCGACCCAAUAUACAAUGCGGAUCCACUGUUGAAUCUCGAAACAAAUUUCACUCCGGAUACCUGGAAUGCGGUGUUGAAACAGACACAAAUCAUGGUGACAUACGGAAGGCAGGAAGUUCUAAAGUUCCAAAUCGAAAAGUUUGUCUCCAAACUUGCCCAGCUUCCGUCUGCUCCAGCUAACCUUACAGUCUAUGAGGAUGGCAAUGGCGGACACAUCGAGCCCUUCCUCAAUUUCCAAAGAAAUGAAACAGUUUGGUCAAUGCAACCAAACAUUGCGUCCAUUCUAAAAUUCCUAGAACAGGGACCCUAA